GGGCUGGGAGACACGAUGCGGCGAGUCCUCCGGCUGCUCCUCGGCUGCUUCCUCACCGAGCUGUGCGCCCGCGUGUGCCGGGCGCAGGAGCGAGCGGGACACGGGCAGCUGGCGCAGCUGGGCGGCGUGGUGGUGCUGACUGGGGGCAACCGCUCGGGAGCCGCCUCUGGGGAGGUCGGCGAGGGCGCGAGCGUCUCGGACGCGCCCCCGACCCGGGCGCCUACGCCGGACUUCUGCCGGGGCUACUUCGAUGUCAUGGGCCAGUGGGACCCGCCGUUCAACUGCAGCUCGGGCGACUUCAUCUUCUGCUGCGGGACUUGUGGCUUCCGGUUCUGCUGCACGUUUAAGAAGCGGCGACUCAACCAAAGCACCUGCACCAACUACGACACUCCGCUCUGGCUCAACACUGGCAAGCCCCCAGCACGCAAAGACGACCCCCUGCACGACCCCACCAAGGACAAGACCAACCUGAUCGUAUACAUCAUCUGCGGGGUGGUGGCUGUCAUGGUGCUCGUGGGCAUCUUCACCAAGCUGGGACUGGAGAAAGCGCACCGGCCCCAAAGGGAGCACAUGUCCAGGGCCCUUGCAGAUGUCAUGAGGCCCCAGGGCCACUGCAACACUGACCACAUGGAGAGAGACCUCAACAUUGUGGUCCACGUGCAGCAUUAUGAGAACAUGGAUACCAGAACCCCCAUAAAUAAUCUUCAUCCGACCCAGAUGAACAACGCAGUGCCCACCUCCCCGCUGCUGCAGCAGAUGGGCCAUCCACAUUCGUACCCCAGCCUGGGCCAGAUCUCCAACCCCUAUGAACAGCAGCCUCCUGGCAAAGAGCUCAACAAGUAUGCCUCCUUGAAGGCCGUCGGAAGUUCUGAUGGUGACUGGGCAGUGGCGACGCUUAAGUCACCAAAAGCCGACAAGGCCAAUGAUGACUUCUUCUCCAAGCGCCGGCACCUGGCUGAGCUUGCCGCCAAGGGGAACCUCCCUCUGCACCCCGUGCGAGUGGAGGAUGAGCCGCGGGCCUUCAGCCCCGAGCACGGCCCUGCCAAGCAGAACGGACAGAAGUCUCGUACCAACAAGACGCCCCCACACCCCCUGGCCUACAAUUCCACCACCACCUUCAAGGGCUGGGACCCCAGCGAGCAGUCUCUCCGGCGGCAGGGUUACAGCAACAAGGGCAAGCUUGGCACUGCCGAGUCAGGCUCCAGCGACCCCUUGGGAUCUCGCACCCUGCACCACCCACCCCCACAGCCGUACUUCAUCACCAACAGCAAAACAGAAGUGACUGUCUGA